CGCCGGCGGAGGGGGAGCGGAAGGUCAGGGCGCCGCGGAGCGGAAGUGGGAGCCGGAGACCGUCCGCCAUUGUGGGGAAGCGGAGCCCAGCGCGGGGGGCGAGAAGCAGAGGCGCGUCCGGCCGGCCGGCUGCUUCCAGCGGCGUCCCGAGCGGCGGCGGCGACAAUCAGGCAGCGGCGGGCGGCAGCACUCGGGGCGGGGCGGAGUGGAGCGAGGGGAUCGCGGCUCCCCGUGAAGAAUGUCAGCCACCAGCGUCGACCAGAGACCUAAAGGACAGGGAAAUAAAGUUUCAGUACAAAACGGUUCGAUUCAUCAAAAGGAUGCAGUAAAUGAUGAUGAUUUUGAGCCAUAUCUAAGUAGCCAGACAAAUCAGAGUAACAGCUAUCCACCAAUGUCAGACCCAUACAUGCCUAGUUAUUAUGCUCCAUCCAUUGGAUUUCCAUACUCUCUAGGUGAAGCAGCAUGGUCCACUGCAGGAGACCCUCCAAUGCCGUAUUUGACAACCUAUGGACAGAUGAGCAAUGGUGAACACCAUUACAUACCUGAUGGUGUGUUUAGUCAACCUGGGGCAUUAGGAAAUACCCCUCCAUUCCUUGGUCAGCAUGGAUUUAAUUUUUUUCCUGGGAAUGCAGAUUUCUCUACAUGGGGGACAAGUGGAUCUCAGGGACAAUCAACACAAAGCUCUGCUUAUAGCAGCAGCUAUGGCUACCCUCCCAGCUCUCUUGGUAGAGCCAUAGCAGAUGGACAGGCUGGAUUUGGCAAUGAUACUUUGAGCAAGGUGCCUGGGAUUAACAGCAUUGAGCAAGGCAUGACUGGACUGAAAAUUGGUGGGGAUAUGACAGCUGCUGUGACAAAAACUGUAGGUUCAGCUCUGAGCAGUACAGGUAUGACCAGCAUUGCAGCAAAUAGCGUGCCCCCAGUUAGCAGUUCAGCACCUAAACCAACCUCAUGGGCUGCCAUUGCUAGGAAGCCUGCUAAACCUCAGCCGAAACUCAAGCCUAAAGGUAAUGUGGGAAUUGGAGGCCCUGCUGUGCCACCCCCACCUAUAAAACACAACAUGAAUAUUGGAACUUGGGAUGACAAGGGGUCAGUGGUGAAAGCACCCCCUACCCAACCAGUACUGCCUCCUCAGACUAUUAUCCAGCAGCCUCAGCCAUUAAUUCAACCACCACCAUUGGUGCAAAGCCAACUGCCUCAACAGCAGCCUCAGCCACAGCAACCACAGCAGCAACAAGGACCUCAGCAGCAGGCCCAGCCUCAUCAGUUGCAGCAGCAACAGCUGCAGAACCGCUGGGUGGCUCCUCGUAAUAGGGGUGUGGGCUUCAGCCAGAACAAUGGAGCUGGCAGUGAGAACUUUGGUUUAGGUGUUGUACCUGUCAGCUCUUCACCUUCUGGUGUAGAGGUGCAUCCAGUGCUGGAGAAACUAAAGGCCAUAAACAACUAUAAUCCCAAAGACUUCGAUUGGAAUCUGAAGAAUGGACGUGUGUUUAUAAUCAAAAGCUAUUCAGAGGAUGAUAUACACCGCUCCAUUAAGUACUCUAUCUGGUGUAGUACUGAACAUGGUAAUAAACGUUUGGAUGCUGCUUACCGUUCCCUGAAUGGAAAAGGUCCACUCUAUUUACUCUUCAGUGUGAAUGGUAGUGGACAUUUUUGUGGAGUGGCUGAGAUGAAGUCUGUUGUGGACUACAAUGCAUAUGCUGGAGUCUGGUCUCAGGAUAAGUGGAAGGGGAAGUUUGAUGUUAAGUGGAUCUUUGUCAAAGACGUUCCUAAUAACCAGCUGCGGCACAUUCGUUUGGAAAACAAUGACAACAAACCAGUUACCAAUUCGAGGGACACUCAAGAGGUACCCCUAGAAAAAGCUAAGCAAGUGCUUAAAAUAAUUGCUACUUUCAAGCAUACCACCUCAAUCUUUGAUGACUUUGCACAUUAUGAAAAGCGUCAAGAGGAGGAGGAAGCCAUGCGUAGGGAGAGAAAUAGAAACAAACAAUAACUGUACGGAGAUGUCCUGCUAGAAUUACAACACUAAUGAUGUAGACUCUGGAAAUGCCUAAUAUGUCUAAGAAGACGUUAUUAAAGCUUUUUUUCUGCUUAAGGUGACAUCUUUGAACACUUUAACACAAAAUUGACUCUUCUUGUAAUGGUUCUCAUCAGUGCAUCUGCCCUUAUACUCUCUCACCAAACACACUUGAGAACUGUAACUUCGUCAAGCACUUUCUGUCCUGAAGCUUUUACCAGUAUCUGCUGUCUUUUGUAUUUAUGCAUCCUAGCUAAGGCACAGGAGACGGAACGAAUGCAAGGAUUCAUUAACUCUUUGAAUUUGUUAAAUACUAACAAUUAACCAUUAGAAGUGGUUCAAUGAUGUGAGAUUCACAUUGCUUCAACUUAUUUUUUCUUUGUUGUAGGUUUUUCUUUUUUUUUUUUUUUAAUUGUCAGUUUUUAGCUAUUCAACAGAUUAAAAGCAAAAUCAUGCCAUAUUUAGUCCUGGAGUAAAACUCAAGUCUAAAUGUUCAUGUGAAAAUUAUUGUAGUAAACUUUUAAUAUGGCAAAGCAACUUUAAGCUGCAGUUUAGCCAAAUGAAACGUAACAUGAAAUUAUAUUAGAAUGACAUUUCCCUUGUUUCAAACUGUUUGGUGUAAGAGAAUAUUAAUAUGCAGCUUGGUGGAAAACACCAGCUAAUGCACAUUUCUUUAUUUUUUCUGUAACAUGUAUACCGAAAAAAGUGCAUUUGUCUGAGGAACUGUUUGUUUGCUACCACUCAAUGAAUCUCAGUUUUGAGUAAAUGUACCUCAGUCUAAAUCAGACUUUUUAUGACCUUUAUAACUACAUUUAAAAUAAUCUUUAAUUCCUAUUUCUGGGUGUUUGCAAGCCUGACAGAUUGCUAUCAUGGAAGUGAAAAUUUACUCCUCUAGGUGAUUCACUAGCUAAAUAAACCUAAUUCUUGUUUAGCAAGCA